AUGGAAAAUGGAAACGGGACUCCGGCAGCUAAUGCGAAUGGCCAUGCUAAUGGUCAUGUAGAGCCUCCUAGGCCUAUUUACUACCGAGCUCUAGGUGGGGGAGCUCAUGUACGCUACUCGCCUGCUAAUAGGUACCCUCGAUGUUCGUGUAGGUCGACCUUUGCCUAUCCGAACCACCUUAUGCUAACCUUGGACGAUGAGCGUCGUCAGUUAAUGAACGCCAACUUAGAUUUACAAGCGGAGGUGGACGAGUUGAGACAGAUGGUUAGUUCUCAGGGCGAGAGGAUCACUGAGCUUGAGGAGUAUAAGGCCGGGAAGAGCAAUGUGGUUGCCGAUGCACUCUCUCGAAGGUAUAAUCUCAUUACCACCCUUGAUGCUAAACUUCUUGGUUUCGAGUUGAUUAAAAAUGCUUACACUAAUGAUCUAGACUUUGUGUGA